CAAGCGAGCCGGCUCUUAUCGAUUUGAUGAGCUGGUACAGCGCACGGAACGACAGAGCUCGCGCUCGGUGCUCUACGAAGGCUUUAGCUGGAAUGACCGACCCAGAGAAUGGGCUUCUCGCCCCGCUGAACGGAGCAGCGGAGCCAGACUGCGCGGGCGGGGCCUGAGCUAUGCCCCCGCUGGCAGUACGUCGCCGUCUCGCGGAGCAGGCUGCAGCUCAAGCUGAUGCUGACGAGGUCGCGUCCGAGUUGUCGGAUGACGAGCUCCCGGAUCAGAAGAGCCUGGCCUCCUCCAUAGCGGCGCUACUGCUGGUCCUGCCCGCGCUAGUGGGCAGCUGAUGUUGGCCCCUCCUGCUGGCUGGCUUUAUGGGAAUUACUGCCACAGCAGGCGCCAAGGCUUUCUCUCACACGUUUUCUCUAGCUCUCACCGCCGUCAUCCUGACCAAUCUGGCCCAGUACACGGCCUGGAAGGGAUUGUCACACGGCGGCACGCACUGGCACCGCUACGGCCCGGCCUACCUGCUGGUCGUGGCCACGCCGCUGCUGCUGGCGGACCUCACGCGGCACUCGCUGCAGGACGCGGGGGUGUGGACCGGGCCGUCCAGCCGCAUGUACCGCGACGACUGCAGCCCCGUCACCGGCCUGCACGGCUUCUACUGCCUGUCGCUCACCGGCUGGGUGUUCUCCAUCUUCUGCACCUACACCGGCUUCGUGCUCAUGAUUGUGUCGGUGUUCUGGAGCUCGAAGAUCAUGCACAAGCUCCGCCACGCCUGGCACCACAUCCACCUCGCCCGCCGCUAAGGCGCGUGGGGCUGGAGCCGUGUGCACGUGAGCGCACCGCGGGCGCAGUGGGUGUGUGACUAUUCAUCAUGAGGCGUAAUUCAAGGAACAGGGCGAUGGCAGCAGUAUGGGGGUUGCUCGAGAGGCGCGAUUCAUGGCUUGCUGCUUUUAUGCGAUGUUGGUCAUGCGAACAGGGGUUGUUGGCAUUGCUGCUGUCGCCUGCGUUCCUUCUUCCUGGGAGCUUGUAUGAGUUGGCAGGGUAUGGCAUCGGGCUCAGCGUGAAGAGUGAAGCUGCGUGUCAAACCCCAGGAGAGUUGCGGCCCCUGCCCGGGGGCUGCACUCGGGGGAGCCACGUCAGCUGAUGUGCCGCCGUUCCCGCCGCAUGCCCGUGAGAGAGGCGUCUGGCAUCGGGCCAACGCUGUGGCAUGCGGGGGACGCGGCCGCGCGUGCAGCCUAGAUUGUCAUACCACCUCAACUUGAAGCACUGGGUUGCCAAAUUUGAGCGAGGUGUGUGUAUUCGGACGGCAUGCCAGGCCCAUAGGUGAGCUUCAUCAAAGUUCGGGACCAUUGUAACGAACGGGGGAACGGAGGAAAGACGGCGAUGUGCUCUACUGGGUCAGCAAGGUGAGGUGGAGGUGGAGGUUAGGUAGAGGCGCGACGGCAGAAGAGGUAGGCCACGUUUCUUGUGGAGUUCACAAGUAAGGGAGAGCCUGGUCACAGACACUGUGAACACGUGUAACAUAGACUUUUACCAGUGGUUGGGGCGGUGGCGGCGGUGCAGGGCCUGGAGACGGCGGUGGCGGCGGCGGUGGCACCGCGCCUGCCUGCCUGCCACAGCAGCGGCCACGGCGUUGGGCCCGGUGGUGGUGGCGGCACGGGCGGCCCUGGGCCCAGCGGCAGUGGCGGCGCGCAUGUUCGGAGCAGAGGGGGCGGGCAAGGCCACGUGGAGGAGGACAGCGCGGCGCCGCCUUCAAAGCGGCGCCGGCGCGCAGGUUGAGACCUGCCGGUGUUGUCUGGUUAGCGACCUGUGCUGACGAGGAUGGCGUAGCGGGCAGUCAGCUGCAGCGGCAGGGGUGUUUUCCUUGCUGUCUGGUUGGCCUGCUGCCUGCUGCACUAGUGCUUGAUAGCUGGGCGCGACUGGGCACAUAUGGCGGGCGGUGCCUGUACAAACCGACCCCGGCUAUGUCCGGGAGAUGAGGCUAGUAUCGGAACCUUCGGCCUCAGACGGAGGACGUGGCGUGGCGGCACAGCCCACUUUUCCCUUGAAAGGGAGAGCCACCUUUUCUUGUUAGUGGUUGGCCCAAAAGGUCCUGGGACGGGCCGUGGCGUGAAGCCCGUGGAUGAGUGUCCAAUCUGUGAGCGCCGGCAGUAGCACGUUUUGUUUUGUUUUUUUUGUUUUUGGGCUGAGCCCCCUGAGCGAAGCGAUCCAGGGGGGGCGAAGCCCCCCAGGAUUGCCCC